AUGCUCAUCGGCGUCUGUGGCAGUAUCUGCUCCGGCAAAAAGACGGUGGCCCAAUAUCUCGUUGAGCAUCAUGGAUUCAAACUUCUCCAUCUACAGCCACAAUCCCAGCCAAGACCGUCCAAUACCUCGCUUGGAGCCCAUUCCGCUUCACCCGAGGAACACGAUGCAGAGUCUCCAUCACAGUCUACUGACUCGACAGCCUUCAAAGGCGCUCUGACCUCAACAGCGCUCACCACCAAGAAUGUUUACCAGUCUUCUUCUGAAACCACGCUGACUCUCCGGGAUGGUCCGCAACACGUGUUUUCCACAGCUGAGGAACUCCUCGACUUUGUGACGAAACGCUGGCGCAGCCGCUUUGUCACUACUGACAUUCCCACCGAGGCAGUUCUAGACGUCUUUCUCCGUCGGCCUUUCUUCCUAUUGCUCUCCGUCGAUGCGCCAUUGACGGUCCGCUGGCGACGGUUCCAGGACCGCGCGAGGCAGAGGCAUACGGGAGAGCCUGACAUGAGUCUAGAAGACUUUGUCAGAGAGAGCGAUAUCCACCUAUACGAUGCAGAGAAAGGCCUUUCACCCCUUAUCUCCCGUGCUGUUGUGAGACUACUCAACACAUCAUCCUCUCUAGCGCACCUCUAUGCUACCCUUGGCAAGUUGGACAUCCCGAAUCCUGAUCGUCUUCGCCCUUGCUGGGACACUUACUUUAUGGAAUUGGCAUCCCUUGCUGCACAACGCUCCAAUUGUAUGAAGCGUAGAGUCGGAUGUGUGCUUGUUGGCAAAGAACGCAGGGUCAUUAGCACCGGUUAUAAUGGGACUCCAAGGGGACUACAGAAUUGCACUGAAGGAGGCUGUCCAAGGUGCAAUGACGGCAAUAGCUCCGGAGUGGGCUUAUCGACUUGCCUGUGUAUCCAUGCCGAAGAGAACGCGCUUUUGGAAGCGGGGCGAGAAAGAAUACGCGAGGGUUCUGUCCUAUACUGCGACACGUGUCCCUGCCUCACAUGCAGUAUCAAAAUCUGCCAGGUGGGCAUCAGCGAGGUUGUCUAUGCUCACACAUACAGCAUGGACAACGAUACAGCCCGGGUGUUUAGGGAGGCUGGCGUGAAGCUGAGACAGUUCAUACCACCGCCCAAUGGCCUGAUUCAUCUCGAGAAGAUGGAACUUUACUAG